AGCAUUGCAUAGUUAUUAACAUGUCUCUCACGUUCACUUUGACGCAUGUACCAGUUCAGUCUGACUGUGUGCCUGUUCGAAUCCGUCCCUUCAGCCAUUUUCAUUUUGACUGCCAAGACGGUCGGGAUAUUUUUUCAAAGUCACUGGAUUUCGCUUUUAGUUGCUGGUUCAAAAGUAGGAAAUUUUUAGUGUAACAAUCCGCUGAAAAUGAAUGACAAAGACACCCUGGAACCGGAGGGUAUCGAAAUUGAACCGAUGGACGAAUACGAAUGUCUGGAGCUUGAAAAAACAAUCAUAAAUGAAUGGGGAAUGCAGCGAAGUUCACUGAACAGAAUGAUUUAUUGCGGCAUCACAUCACGAUGUCUGGAGGUGAUACAAGACGCAGAGAUAAAUGAACUAUUCAACGAUCCACGGAUGCUGGGCCAGAAGAUUGUCUUCAAACACAAAGCAAAAGAAUUACAGGCAAACGCGUUGGUGCAAAUUGUUAGUCCACGGAAACGACGUCGUUGCUCAGCCGAUGUACCUUUCAAUAAGAUCGCCGAGCCUCAGGAACAUUUGCAGACUCCAAAAAGAAUAAAGGUUGAAGAUGACUCGAUAGAGGAUCCCUCAUUGUUUGAACCCGUUCAAUCGUUGGAAUCAUCAGACCACGCAAUCCCGAUUCAAGAGUAUCCACUUGAAAAUGGAUCCAACACGAAACCAUCAACGGCCCACUCCGUGGCGGGUCAGCUGCCAAUUCGAAUUUCCCCGGAUGGUCUUCGGCAGCUACUGUUGGCCAGCCGGCAAGGUCAAUGGGUUCUAUCGUACUUCAACACGUACCACACGAUGAAUCGCAAGAUUCAAGCUGCUCUCACCCACUGCAUCGUGGAACAGUUCCUGGUCUAUAACAUAAUGUUUUCCCAUCGCUUGAUGCGUCACUAUGCCCAGAUCAUCACGCUAUUGUUUCCAACUGAGAGCGCUGAGGUGUACUACAAGCCGGCACAGACGCUCGGUUGGAAACGAACGUGUGCCUCGGGAAAGCUUAUGGAUCGUUGGGCCAAUCAACGGAUGCGUCACAAGGACCGAUACCCGCAGCAGCGACCACGAAUACUGGACGACAUGUCGGAUCAGAGGACGUUUGCGGAGAUGUCACUGGUGAUCGGGUUGGCCCAAUGAAUGUGUGGGUUGCCUGUUUGUGUGCUUUCGCAGGAAGUUUUAAGUUUUUAACAAGCAAGUGAGAAAUAACGACGUCUAGUCAGCAUGAGUUUGAAUCAAAUUUGGUUCUGAAAUACAUGAUAUACGUUACGAAUCUAAACAAUUUCUGUGCAAUUUUGGGGUGCAUAUUUCCGAAACCCAUUAGUCUACACUUCUAGAACAUGUAUCGAUUUUGUUGGCUAUUUUCGGCAAAUUUGAGACUAAGAGAAACGAAAGCAAUGAAAUUGAAAGACGGAUAGGUAUUCUAGAGCGAAUCAGUUAUAAACUUAGAACGGAAAACUAGAACUAGGCAGGCUCAUAUGGGCA